GGUUGUUGUUGGGUUUGUUGAUCUCCCCCUUUUCAUUUCCCGUUGGUAGGCUGCGUUGUCACUUCUUGCAUAAUGCAGCUUUUGGAUUUUGCCUUUGCGAUCGGUCGCCAGACUUAAUUUGCUUAGACCUGCUGGUCACCGCCGCUUGUUGCAUUCACAUGCCGAGAUUCACACUUUCAUACCCCUGCAAGGACUACCGAGCGCAUCCUUUCCUGCGAUAGACUACGAUAAUUCAUGAUAAACGAUAGCAUACGAUUUCCCACGAUAUCCUGCGAUAUACACCUUCGUCAUGGCCAUCGAGCCCAUCUCCCCUACCUCGCCCUCCCUCCCCGACGGCAAACGACUCGAAUAUGCUCUGGAGCUGCAGGAUCUAGACAGGCGUGAACAGCCUUCCGCACAUCCCUCGGCCAAGGCGACGACAUCGACAGGCCUUCAUCCGUCCACUCACCCGCUGUUCCCACCGCUUCCCGUCUACGGCGCUCCAUCGUUCCUCUCCUCCCUGCAGUGUCUCGCGAUCCGAGGCGUGUCGUUUAUCUUGUCGCUGCUCUUCCUGGGCGUUAUCGUCGGCGGCGCGCUGAUCAACCGGGCCGGAGGGGCGCUACACAAUGGGUAUCUUCGAGCGCGAGGUCAGGAUCCGAACGCGCAGCGGAAAUUCUACUCGGAAGAACGGAUCCGGAAUCGCGACCGAAAGGCCGACCAUCGACGGUGGACUCGCCAACAGAAGAAGAAAGACGAGGUCGAUGAGGAAGGUCACGGUCCGGUGCCGGACGAGUGUCCGCCGCUUGAAGGCGGUCGGGAUCCCAUCGUCUCUGACGUGGCUUAUUAUGCGCGACGCGUGGGCCUGGACGUUGAGACGUUCAAGGUCCAAACGGAAGACGGCUAUAUCUUGACGCUGUGGCAUGUAUAUAAUCCGCAGGAGCAGAACCCCUCGUCGGUCGCCGAUCGGCAGUGUCGCGGACCGCAGGUUUUCACGGGCCAGAAGAACCCUCGUGCGGUGCCGCGCGCGGACGGGCGCCGCAAGUACCCUGUCUUGUUGCUUCAUGGGUUACUUCAGAGCGCUGGGGCGUAUUGUACCAAUGACGACGAUAGUCUUGCGUUUUACCUCUGCAAGAGCGGGUACGAUGUCUGGUUGGCGAAUAACCGGUGUGCGUUGAAGCCGGAACACACGACGCUGUCGUCGUCCGAUCCGCGCAUGUGGGCGUGGAAUAUUCGGCAGAUGGGGGUGUUUGACAUAGCGGCUCAUAUGUCUCGGGUGCUAUACGAGACUGGGUUUGAGAAGCUCGGUCUGGUGUGUCAUUCUCAAGGGACCACGGAGACGUUGAUCGCUUUGGCGAAGGACCAGCGACCGGAGCUGGGUGAACGGAUAUCUGUCUUCUGCGCCCUCGCGCCCGCCGCGUAUGCCGGACCUCUCGUGGAUCGGGUCUACUUUCGCAUCGUGCGCGCCCUGUCGCCGAGGCUGUUCCGGCUCGUUUUCGGCAUCCACUCGUUCAUCCCCUUCAUGAUGACUAUGCAUGCGCGUCUUCAUCCUCGCGUCUAUGGCACCCUCGGCUACUAUGUCUUCUCGCAUCUCUUCGGCUGGAGCGACACACACUGGGACCGCGGUCUUCGCGACCGCAUGUUCCAGUUCGCGCCCGUCUAUGUCAGCACUGAGACCAUCCGGUGGUGGCUCGGACGCGACUCAUUUUCCAUUCAAAAAUGUAUCCUCGCCACGCGCGAGACCUGCCUCCUCGAAAUGGAAGAGGACUUGCGCGCUGAGCAAGGUCUCGAUCCGGAUUCCCAUGUCCGUACCGACACUGCGUGGUACGGACCGCAGGCUCCCCCGAUGGCACUGUGGGUCGGAGGUUCCGAUGACCUAGUUGACGGACGACGAUUGCUGCGGCGGUUGCAGAACGGUCGCGAGCCCCAUGUCCGGGUUGUUCAUGCGAAGGUCAUCGAGGAAUAUGAGCAUUUGGAUGUCCUCUGGGCCAUGGAUGUUGUGGAUCAGGUCGGAAAGGAGAUUUGUCAGGUUCUUUGGAAUACUAUGCCCGAGGAUGUGAGGGGGCUGUGUCGGGCUCCGAGAGGUGUGUAGAUCGGUUUGGCAUGAAUGAUGUGUAAUGACUGCAUAUUAUACUGCAUAUAUAUUUGCAUGUAUAUAUUAACUAGAUUAUGUCGUUGGGGUCAAUGACUGUAUAUAUUAGUGUAUAGUUUGGUUUAAUUGAGUACACGAAGUCAAAGAUCUCAACCGACUUGGCCUCCGGAGCACAGUGUCUGCGUUAGUUAUGCCUAAAUGAUCUGUCAUGUCAGUCUCAUCAGAUUAGCCAGCCAGUCCAUAUGCAAAUCAAACCAAACAAUUCCUAUCAUCCACUGAGCCCAGGACAGGACUAUGUGACCAACCAAGCUAGAUAAACAAGAAUGGCCAUGAAAAGCAGAAAAAAUGAUCUACGGUGAGUUAAGCACGACUGACAUGUUCAUCGAGACACCUACCUAUACCCAACUUACUAGGUAACAUAACUAGUUUUCCCGCAUCAUGCAAGGGACCGACAUAGUAAUACUCCACCCAAUCCCCAAUUCAAUAAUUUAGUUAUUUUGGUCCAUCUGACUUCACCUGACCUAAUGUGCGGAUGCACAAUCGAAAAAGAUCUAGUUAGCUCCCUUGACUAGGCAUGCAAAAGCUCAGCAAGACGCAGUGCGACUCGAUAAACUUGCUCUGGUGGCUAUCACAUUGUGAAUCACACGGGCCAGGUUGAGGGUUUAUGGGGAUGCUUUGGGUGAGUGGACAUCUAGGCGUUAGUACUCUUUGUUGUUCUUAAGACAGCCUAUCGUGAAUGUGGGUACAAUGUAUUGUGGUGAAAUCAACUAUCUAACGUAUUGCACUUCGAUGAUAUGAAGAAGCAUGGAGUAAGCAAAGGAAGUGAAAAGAUUGCGAACUGAGCUGUCUAUCCAAACCUAACAUGUGUUACCUACACACAUUGUCCUAGUGAUCGAUGAUAAUGUCUACCAGACUCCGUCCUUCGGAAAUAGUCUAGAAUCUCCUUCUUGCUCACAUAACUUUGGUUACCUUUAGAAUUAACAUUGACCCAUCACGUCUGUUUCCAGUCUUCUCCGUCCGUAUCCUGCCAAGUACCAAUUUGGCUGGCUGACUGGCUUGCCAAGUGGAUAGAGUAGCUAGCUGAACACAUCAGCUGCAUCUGACAUGUCCAGGUGACUAUCCGUAUAGUCUAUCUCCGACGCAUUA